CAGAACAGUACAGAGCAGAAUGGAGCUGGCUGGAGCCGUGUUGUGUGUAACGUUUUGUAGCUCUGUCACGCCCCAGCAGCACCGUCAACAUCUCGCUCUCUCGCUCUCUACUUCUCCCCUCUUACUCGUGGCUCCCUAACUCUCCCUCUACAGUCUGCUCCAGCUCUGCCUUGCUGCCGCUUAUAGUGUUUUCUAUCUCCAGUCUUGACUUAACCAGCCAGGGAAGAUGUCCUCCAACCCGUCCUCAGGAGCAGGGUCUGAACCUGGGGCCAAACCCAAACCCCAGUCCCCCUUGAGGAAGAGGGGUAGCCUGCAGUACUCAACCAGCCCAGUUGACCGCCGUGGUGCCCGCCACCUCCUGACUUCCCAGCAUUCUUUGCCAGGGAUCCCCGUGAGUCUGAAACAGACAAUUGACCUACGUACCUCCAUGGACGGCAAGUACAAGGAGAUCGCAGAGGAGCUGUUCUCUCGCAGCUUAGCAGAGCGUGAUAUGCUCAGCGCCCCUUAUGAGUUCCCUGAAGACAGUCCCAUAGAACAGCUGGAGGAGAGACGACAACGACUAGAGAGACAGAUCAGCCAGGAUGUCAAGUUUGAGCCAAAUAUCCUUCUGCGAGCCAAACAGGAGUUAAUGAAGACUGGCAGCGCUACUGACCUAGAAUACCUGAAGGAGCAGAGCCAGGCAUUCAUGGACCUGUACCCCAAGGAGAUGGAGCGAGAAGGAGAGAAGGAGUUCCAGCGGGUUGCCAUCUCUGGAGAGGAGAAAUGUGGGGUUCCCUUCACAGACCUGCUGGAUGCUGCUAAGUGUGUAGUGAAGGCCUUGUUCAUCAGGGAGAAGUACAUCGGCCUGUCCAUGCAGAGCUUCUGUCGGACCACAGCCAGCUACCUGGAGGAGCUCAGUGACAGACCUCUAGAUAUGGGGAUCUAUGAGGAGAUACCUGAGACCUCUGUUACUGCAGAUUUAGACCAGACGGUCCAUCCUCCCGUCUCCACCACUCACCCCUACGAGAACCAGGACCCUGCCUGUAUGCCUCCUGAUAUAGGCUACGGCUGCAAGAUGGUAAACGGUGUCGUCCAUAUCUACACUAAUAAGGACACAAUGGAGAACAGCACAGAGUUGGAGCUUCCUUAUCCAGACCUACAGGACUACAUCAAUGACAUGAACGUCAUGAUGGCUCUCAUCAUCAACGGACCUGUGAAGUCGUUCUGUUACCGUCGGUUACAGUACCUGAGUUCUAAGUUCCAGAUGCACAUAUUGCUGAAUGAGAUGAAGGAGCUGGCAGCUCAGAAGAAAGUCCCUCAUAGAGACUUCUACAACAUACGCAAGGUGGAUACCCAUAUCCACGCCGCGUCCUGUAUGAACCAGAAACACCUGCUGAGGUUCAUCAAGAGGGCCAUGAAGAAGUAUCCAGGGGAGAUAGUGCAUGUGGAGAGAGGCAAGGGACAGACGCUCAUGGAGGUGUUCCAAACCAUGAACCUCACAUCCUUCGACUUGAGUGUGGACACACUGGAUAUGCACGCUGACCGCAACACUUUCCAUCGCUUUGACAAGUUCAACGCCAAAUACAACCCCAUUGGGGAGUCCAUCCUGAGAGAGAUCUUCAUCAAGACAGACAACCACGUGCAGGGGAAAUACUUUGGACACAUCAUUAAGGAGGUGAUGGCUGACCUGGAGGAGAGUAAAUACCAGAACGUGGAGCUGCGUCUGUCCAUCUGCGGCCGCUGCAGAGACGAAUGGGACAAGCUGGCCCAGUGGGCCGUCAAACACCAAGUCUACUCUAACAACGUACGCUGGCUGGUGCAGGUCCCACGACUCUUUGAUGUGUACCACACCAAGAAGCAGCUGUGUAACUUCCAGGAGCUGCUGGAUAACAUCUUCAUGCCCCUGUUCGAGGUCACCAUCGACCCCGCCAGGCACCGUGAGCUGCACCUCUUCCUACAACACGUGGUGGGCCUCGACAGUGUGGACGAUGAGUCUAAACCAGAGCAACACUGCUUCAACAUGGAGAGUCCUCUGCCAGUCAACUGGACUGUGGAAGACAACCCUCCUUAUGCCUACUACCUGUACUAUAUGUACGCUAACAUGGCCGUGCUCAACCACCUGCGCAGGCAGAGAGGUUUCAACACCUUGGUGCUGCGUCCUCACUGUGGGGAGGCGGGGCCUAUCCAUCACCUGGUGUCAGGUUUCAUGCUGUCAGAGAACAUCUCCCAUGGACUGCUGCUCAGGAAGGCCCCUGUGCUGCAGUACCUGUACUACCUGGCUCAGAUCGGCAUCGCCAUGUCUCCUCUCAGCAACAACAGCCUGUUCCUCAGCUACCACCGUAACCCCCUGCCAGAAUAUCUGUCCAGAGGACUCAUGGUGUCACUGUCCACUGACGACCCUCUACAGUUCCACUUCACUAAGGAGCCCCUGAUGGAGGAGUACAGCAUCGCUGCUCAGGUGUGGAAGCUCAGCUCCUGUGACAUGUGUGAGCUGGCCAGGAACAGUGUUCUGAUGAGCGGCUUCUCCCAUAAGGUGAAGAGUUACUGGCUGGGCCCUCACUACAUCAAGGAGGGCCAGGAGGGCAACGACAUCCGACGCACCAACGUCCCCGACAUCCGUGUGGAGUACCGCUAUGAGACCAUGUGUGAAGAGCUUAACCUCAUCACCCAGGCCAUCCACACAGAGGAGCUGGAGGCCAUCCACACAGAGGAGCUGGAGGCCAUCCACACAGAGGAGCUGGAGGCCAUCCACACAGAGGAGCUGGAGGCCAUCCACACAGAGGAGCUGGAGGCCAUCCACACAGAGGAGCUGGAGGCCAUCCACACAGAGGAGCUGGAGGCCAUCCACACAGAGGAGCUGGAGGCCAUCCACACAGAGGAGCUGGAGGCCAUCCACACAGAGGAGCUGGAGGCCAUCCACACAGAGGAGCUGGAGGCCAUCCACACAGAGGAGCUGGAGGCCAUCCACACAGAGGAGCUGGAGGCCAUCCACACAGAGGAGCUGGCCAUCCACACAGAGGAGCUGGCCAUCCACACAUAGGAGCCAGAGGCCAUCCACACGGAGGAGGGGAUGCUGUGUAGAGGGCCUGUUUAGGGGGAGAGAGGAGGAGGGGAGGCUGUGUAGGGUACCUGUGUAGGGGGAGAGAGGAGGAGGGAGGAGGAGUAACAGGGAGGAGGGCAACCUUCGUAUGGCCAUCCACACAGAGGAGCUGGAGGCCAUCCACACUGAGGAGGGGAUGCUGUGUAGAGGGCCUGUUUAGGGGGAGAGAGGAGAAGGGGAGGCUGUGUAGGGGGCCUGUUUAAGGGGAGAGAGGAGGACGGGAGGCUGCGCAUGGAACCUGUGUAGGGGGAGAGAGGAGGAGGGGAGGCUGUGUAGGGGGAGAGAGGAGGAGGGAGGAGGAGUAAUAGGGAGGAGGCGUAACAGGGAGGAGGGCAACCUUCGUAUGGGGCCUGUGGAGGAAGAGGAGGGAAGAGGGGGGGAGGAGGAGCAGGGAAGUGGAGGGAGCAGGAGCAGGGAGGAGGAGCAGAGAAGAGGAGGGAAGGGGAGCAGGGAAGUGGAGGAGGAGGGAGGAAGUAGAGGGAGGAGGAAAAGAAUAGAGCUGUGCCACACUAGAAUAGGAGAAUACAUCCCCAAAGCAUUGCUGCAUACUAAGUGGUAUGUGAGUGUGGAUAUUGGAAUUGACCCUAUCAUUCACUUCAUAUCUCUUCAUGUCUCUUCUUAUCAAACCCAUUGCCAGGACAGAGUAGAGAAUAUAUGUACUUUGUUUUUAAGGAAAAUCUUUGCACAGACUUUACUGGCAGAUAUGGUUUGAUAGAAAGAACUGUGUGUGAGAGGCCUGGAAGAGAUCUGGACAAUGCAGUACGAGAGAAUUCAUCUAUUCCUGUCUGUCAAAAUAAUUUGUACAUUUUAACUGUGUAAAUGUUACUGUAAUAUCAUUUCUGAAUGUAUUUAUUUGCAAGUGAAUAGGCUAACAUGUUAUUUUUCAGGUAAUUUUUUUCUGCCGGUAUAGAAAAACACUAUAUUCUCAAUCCUGGUCGUUGUGUUAUCCGACCCAUAUCUCCUGGUUCGUUGUGUUACCUGACCCAUAUCUCCCGGUUCCUUGUGUUAUCCGACCCGUAUCUCCUGGUUCCUUGUGUUAUCCGACCCGUAUCUCCUGGUUCCUUGUGUUAUCCGACCCAUAUCUCCUGGUUCCUUGUGUUAUCCGACCCAUGUCUCCUGGUUCGUUGUGUUACCUGACCCAUAUCUCCCGGUUCCUUGUGUUAUCCGACCCGUAUCUCCUGGUUCCUUGUGUUAUCCGACCCGUACCUCCUGGUUCCUUGUGUUAUCCGACCCAUAUCUCCUGGUUCUUUGUGUUAUCCGACCCAUGUCUCCUGGUUCCUUGUGUUAUCCGACCCAUAUCUCCUGGUUCCUUGUGUUAUCCGACCCGUAUCUCCUGGUUCCUUGUGUUAUCCGACCCGUAUCUCCUGGUUCCUUGUGUUAUCCGACCCGUAUCUCCUGGUUCCUUGUGUUAUCCGACCCAUAUCUCCUGGUUCCUUGUGUUAUCCGACCCAUGUCUCCUGGUUCCUUGUGUUAUCCGACCCAUGUCUCCUGGUUCCUUGUGUUAUCCGACCCGUAUCUCCUGGUUCCUUGUGUUAUCCGACCCGUAUCUCCUGGUUCCUUGUGUUAUCCGACCCAUAUCUCCUGGUUCCUUGUGUUAUCCGACCCAUGUCUCCUGGUUCGUUGUGUUACCUGACCCAUAUCUCCCGGUUCCUUGUGUUAUCCGACCCGUAUCUCCUGGUUCCUUGUGUUAUCCGACCCGUACCUCCUGGUUCCUUGUGUUAUCCGACCCAUAUCUCCUGGUUCUUUGUGUUAUCCGACCCAUGUCUCCUGGUUCCUUGUGUUAUCCGACCCAUAUCUCCUGGUUCCUUGUGUUAUCCGACCCGUAUCUCCUGGUUCCUUGUGUUAUCCGACCCGUAUCUCCUGGUUCCUUGUGUUAUCCGACCCGUAUCUCCUGGUUCCUUGUGUUAUCCGACCCAUAUCUCCUGGUUCCUUGUGUUAUCCGACCCAUGUCUCCUGGUUCCUUGUGUUAUCCGACCCAUGUCUCCUGGUUCCUUGUGUUAUCCGACCCGUAUCUCCUGGUUCCUUGUGUUAUCCGACCCAUGUCUCCUGGUUCCUUGUGUUAUCCGACCCAUAUCUCCUGGUCCUUGUGUUAACCAACCCAUAUCUCCUGGUUCCUUGUGUUAUCCGACCCAUGUCUCCUGGUUCCUUGUGUUAUCCGACCCGUAUCUGCUGGUUCCUUGUGUUAUCCGACCCAUGUCUCCUGGUUCCUUGUGUUAUCCGACCCGUAUCUUCUGGUUCCUUGUGUUAUCCGACCCGUAUCUCCUGGUUCCUUGUGUUAUCCGACCCAUGUCUCCUGGUUCCUUGUGUUAUCCGACCCAUAUCUCCUGGUUCCUUGUGUUAUCCGACCCAUAUCUCCUGGUUCCUUGUGUUAUCCGACCCAUGUCUCCUGGUUCCUUGUGUUAUCCGACCCAUAUCUCCUGGUCCUUGUGUUAACCAACCCAUAUCUCCUGGUUCCUUGUGUUAUCCGACCCAUGUCUCCUGGUUCCUUGUGUUAUCCGACCCGUAUCUGCUGGUUCCUUGUGUUAUCCGACCCAUAUCUCCUGGUUCGUUGUGUUACCUGACCCAUAUCUCCUGGUUCCUUGUGUUAUCCGACCCAUAUCUCCUGGUUCCUUGUGUUAUCCGACCCGUGUAUUUCUGGAAAUAUUUCUUAAGCCUUUAUGGUUUUAUACUAACCUGGAGAAUUCCAGUCUGUGCUAACAUUCCACUCCUUACCACACCAAACAACAUUUUUGGCAAUGACAAGGAGUACAAGGAGUGGAAUGGUGGCACGAAACAGGUUCUUGAUUUCAGGCUAGUUUUAUACCUGGGCGACAUUAAGACACUUUGAGCUGUUGCUACGGUAACUUAUCUUUUGGCUCAGAUUCAUCAGACUCCACCUGACAAUGGACUUUCAUAAUAGUGACUAUCAUAUCUUAUAUCAUAUCGUUGCAUAUUACACCACUCUGUGAACAUUAUAUCUGAACUAGGGGUCAGUGUUCUGCAAACGAAACGAAUAAAGGUCCAUGUUCGCAUCGUCUACUUUAGAUGGAGAUACUACAUCACGUUCUGUUUUUACAAUCAAUAAUAACUGAUAGAUUUGUCUGUAUGGCCAUAAAACUCAAAUGAAAGGUGAACGCACUCAACUUGUGCCAAAACGCUGUAAUAACUUUGUAUUACCGGUAGUGACGUAUUGUAGCUUCAUAACGGUCUCUUUUCAGACGUGUGUAUGCCUGUGGUAAACUAACUCUAUGACUGAUGUGUUCAUUUAUUUUCCCAACCCUUCUGACUUGGUUCACUACGCCCUGUUGAAGAGAACUGUUUAUUUAUAUUUUCGGUGUUUUUGUUUAUCUCUGAAAUAAAUGUCUCUGAGACGUAGGAAUUC